GUCUCUCCGUCCCCCACCAUCAUGUCGCUCUCUGUCACCCAAGCAGCUCUCGCCAACGCAGGCCGGCGAGCAGCUCUGCGGCCGCAAGUCGGUGUCGCCGCAUAUCGCCAACUUCAUUCUUCCCGCCCUGCCUCUAAGCCCUCUGUCAUUCCUACCAACUCUACGAACCCCGCCGAGCCGAUCACCCAAAUUGCGAAGACAGGUUCGAACCAGCUAAGCCUGGAGACCCCUUCGAACCGUGCGGAAUAUGUGUUGUCUACACUCGACAAGGUCGCAAAUUGGGCACGGCAGGGCUCUAUGUGGCCCAUGACUUUCGGUCUCGCCUGCUGUGCCGUGGAGAUGAUGCACAUGGCCGCAGCGCGGUACGACCAGGAUCGUCUGGGUGUCGUCUUCCGUGCCAGUCCUCGGCAGUCCGACAUCAUGAUUGUCGCGGGAACGUUGACGAACAAGAUGGCCCCCGCCCUGCGCAAGGUGUACGACCAGAUGCCCGAGCCUCGCUGGGUUAUCUCGAUGGGUUCGUGUGCGAACGGAGGUGGAUACUACCACUACUCGUACUCCGUUGUGCGCGGGUGCGACCGUAUCGUGCCGGUGGACAUCUACGUCCCGGGUUGCCCGCCCACGGCGGAGGCGUUGCUUUACGGGAUGCUGCAGCUUCAGCGCAAGAUGCGGAGGUCCAGGAAGGGCGUGCUCUGGUAUCGGAAGUAGUUGAGCUCAUCAUGAUGGAGCUGGCGGUUGGGACCACUCUAUCUACAGUAGGGCCAGAGUAUAGAUACCGAAUGAGAGCGUUCUGCCUGCGGUCUGCAUUG